AUGUUCGAAAAAUCAUUGGUGGACCUGAUCCGCGGCCUACGAGGCCACAAAGGAAAUGAAGCCGAAUAUAUCCAAUCGGCCAUUAAAGAGUGCCGAAGCGAGAUACGCUCCCAGGACCUCGAUGUCAAGGCCACAGCUUUACUCAAACUCAUCUAUCUGGAGAUGUUUGGGUAUGAUAUGACAUGGGCCGCCUUCAAUGUCUUGGAAGUCAUGGCUUCCCCCAAACCAAUGCUCAAACGAGUCGGCUAUUUGGCUGCUGUCCAAAGCUUUGGGCCUGAGACAGAAGUCCUGAUGCUGGCUGAGAAUUUGCUGAAGAAGGACCUCACAUCUCCUACAAUUCCCGUUCUUUCUCUUCCACUCAUCACUCUCCCUCAUAUAGUGACUUCAUCCUUGGCCUUGUCUAUCCUCACAGAUCUGCUCCCACGGUUGUCCCAUUCUCAACCAGCAGUUCGGAAAAAGACCAUUGUCACCCUCUACAGACUCGCUCUGGUCUAUCCAGAGACGCUUAGAGUAGCAUGGCCAAAGUUCAAGGAGCGUCUCAUGGACCAGCAAGAAGACAGCAGCGUUACUGCCGCUACCGUCAACGUUGUCUGUGAACUGGGCUGGAGAAGACCACAGGAUUUCCUGCCUUUGGCGCCAAGACUGUUUGAGCUCUUGCUGGCGCAGAAGAAUAACUGGAUGGGGAUCAAAAUAAUCAAACUAUUUGCAGUUCUCACGCCGCUUGAACCUAGAUUGGUCAAGAAACUAGUCCGACCAUUGACCAAACUCAUCCAGGAAACCACGGCCAUGUCGCUGCUUUACGAAUGCAUCAGUGGUAUCAUCCAAGGCGGUAUCCUACAAGGCCCUGAGAGUGGAAUUGACGUUGAAGAGGUUGCAGAUCUGUGCAUCUCCAAGCUAAGGGGCAUGAUCGUUGUUGACGGUGACCCAAACUUGAAGUAUGUUGCACUGCUGGCCUUCAAUAAGAUCGUCGGGUCACAUCCCAACCUUGUCUCAAUGCAACAGGAUGUUAUCAUGGCAUGUCUAGACGAUCCAGACAUAUCAAUCAAGAUGCAAGCUCUAGAACUGGUAUCUGGUAUGGUCAACAGCGACAACUUGCAACCGAUCAUCAAUCGUUUGAUGAAACAGCUUGCCAGUUCUGCAUCUGCAUCGGCCGAGAAUGGCCAUGUGGAUGAAGACCAAACAGACCUAGAACAAAGGCUCAUUCCCGACAAAAGAAGCUCCGAGAUCACUCCUAUACCAGACGAGUAUCGUCACGAGAUCAUUACGAGAAUAUUGAACAUGUGUUCACACAAUAUCUACUCAAACGUCACGGAUUUUGAAUGGUAUAUUGAAAUCCUCGUGCACCUUGUUCGCCACCUGCCAGCCGACAAACCGGGAUCCUUGAACACAGGAAGUGACGAGACCAAAUCAUCUCCCGCUUCCAGAGUAGGAGGACAACUCCUUGACAUUGCAGUCCGCGUCAAAGAACUACGGCCAGAGACUACCAAAGCUGCCGAGACUCUUAUCUUGCUGUCGAAUCGCGCGAUUAUUUUUCCUGCGCAUGGUUCAGGACAGAGCGAAGUCCUCACAUCCGCGGCCUGGAUGUGCGGUGAAUUUGCAUCGAGUUUAUCCAAUCCGCACGAGGUUCUCAACUCGUUGAUCCACGAAUCGUCUGAAACUCUCUCUCCAGCCGCUUUGGCAAUGUUCAUCCAAGCAAUUCCCAAAGUCAUCUCUCAGAUCGCAGUGAUGUUCAACGAGCACUGGAAUCGUUCGAGGGGCACGACAAUGUCACUGACUCUUGCACGGACAACCGAGUUCCUUGAAAGACUAUCAGCGCACCCCAACCUCGAAGUCCAGGAGAGAAGUGUCGAAUUUCUUGAACUACUCCGUGUCGCGGCCGAAGCAGUUACGGCCCAGGCGAACGACGAAGUACAGGCUCCGUUACUCCUCACAUCAGCGGUACCAUCGUUGUUCUCUGGCAUCGAGCUUAAACCUGUUGCUCCAGCAGCUCAGAAGAAAGUUCCUGUGGCCGCCGACCUCGAGCUGGACACGCCACUGAAUGCAGAACUUCCAGCGAUCCUGCAGGCUUCCCAAGUAGCUGACGAGGACGAUCUGGGUGACGAUGCAUUUCAGAAAUUCUAUCAUGAAAGGGAGCCUCCAGCAUCGGCAAUGGUACUUCAACCUCAAGCCGCCUCGGCACGACUAGUUGAGCCUACCGAGAGCGAGCCGCUCUCGUAUCAAUCGGCACCGGAGUCACCCGCGACCAUAGCUCGUCGAAAGGCAGAGCGCAUGGCACGCAACAAAGACGACCCUUUCUACAUUGCUCCAUCCGGAGGAUCCAGCCCCACUUUCCACGAGAUCAUCAGUAAAUCCAACGGCGGCGAGGAGCUCGACGUGGAUUCAAUCCCGAUCAUGGAUCUACAAAUCGACCAUGAGCAAACGACAACGACCGCCCUACAAAGCGAUCCAGAGCAGCGGCAGCAGCGCACAACUCGGAAAAAGAAGCCCGCAAAGAAAUUCGUCAUCGCGGCAGACGAAACGCUCGAUGCAAGUGACGACCUGGGAAGCCAGCACGGGAAAUCGGCAUCGCUGUCGACGAAUGCAACACCCCACCACUCACGCUCGAUGAGCCCGCUGGCUGGAGCUCGGCCUCAGACUCAAGCACGGCCCGGUCGAAGCCUCCUGACAUUCGACUCGUCGACGCUGGGCCAAAUCAGCCUCGAAGAAGGGGGCCAACCGGAUUCGGAAUCCGAGAUCCUCCGCCGCGAAGCAGAGGAACUCGAGAUGACGUUGGCGCUGCGCGAGGUUGAGAAGAAACGCGUCGAGAUGCAGCGCGAGCUUGAGCGCGGCCGGACCGUUCUGGGCGAGGGAGUGGAUGCGGAAGGUACGGUUGUGAAGAGGAGGAGGAAGAAGCGGGCGAAGAUUCCAGAUCGUGCAGAGCAGCAGGAGGAAGGAGAGGCAGAAGGGGGAGGAGGCGUCGUCAAGAAGAAGAAAAAGAAGAGGAGGGUCAAGACCGAGGAGGUGCAGGCGGGUGGAGGAGUCCUACAGGCGGAUCCGGUGGAGAAGCAGGACGCUGGAGAGGAGUUUUUAUGA